AUGGAAAACCGGCAAAUCCAUCUGAACUCUAAUUUAAAUACUAAAACUGAAUCUCAUAAAUCAAGGGAAGAGGUUUCUCUACAAAAAUAUAAAAGUGCGAUAAAUUCAGAUCCAAAGUCAAAAAAAUCCAGUCAAGUUUUCAGGUCUAUUGGAAAAAUUUCAAAUUCAAAUAAGAUACAUUUAAACAGAGAGAAUGUGCGAGUUAUUGUGAGAGUUAGACCCAUUCAAGAUGAUAAUGAAUCUAGUUCGAGCUGCGUAAGCGUCGUAAGUGAAAAACACAACCAAGUAAAACAAAUAGUUUUGGAGGACCCACGCCACCGAGGACUACCUAAGAGAUAUGAGUUCGACGAAAUAUAUGGUACUGAAUGCACUACAGAAGAUAUUUAUUCAAAGGAAAUUAAAGAUUACGUUGACCCAUUGUUAUCAGAGUGUUCUUGUAUCAAUAUUUUUGCCUUUGGUAGUUCUGGAACAGGGAAGACUUUCACUAUGCAUGGCGAUUUGAAUAGUGAAAUGGGAAUUGUUGGACUAACAAUUAAACAGCUUAUCGAAAUAAACAACAAACAAAUUGAGCCAGGAAGCUUUUCUUUCUCAUUUUUUGAAGUUUACUGCGAAAAAAUACAAGAUUUAUUAACUGGGACAGACAAUUUAGAAAAUUCAAGUAAACCUAUAAAUUCAGCAAAAUCUGAUGUUUCUAUAAGAACAGAUAUUUGUGGUAGAAUUAGAGUUGUUGGGGCAAAUAGUUCGGAAUUUAAAACUUGGGACGAUUUCAAUACAAAAUAUAUAUCUGCAUUAAAAAAACGCACUUCUGGUAAAACUGCGGUGAAUUCUAAUAGUAGCAGAAGCCAUGCCUGUAUUCAAGUAAAUUAUAUUCCGCCUGCGUCUAAUAUCACUAAAAAUGAAAUCGAAAUUAGAAAUGAAGAUACAAUCGAGAAUAGAAGAAGACGAGGAAGUAUUUCAUUUCAUGUAAAACCAAAAGUAAACUUGAACUAUCCGCGUACAAUUGUUAAUCUUAUUGAUCUGUCUGGAUUUGAGAACAACAAGAUAACAAAUAACACUGGUAAGAGAAUGGAGGAGAGCACUUUCAUAAACUCUUCACUAUUAUCAUUGAGCAAAGUCAUCAAUGCAUUAAAGAAGAAUGCUGGUACUCAAUCAACUCAGAACUGUAUACCAUAUAGAGAAAGUAAACUUACUAGGUUAUUACAAGAAUACUUGGGCGGAGGUGCAGAUCCUCCAUAUUCCCCUUAUUGCCUGAGAUGCAUUAUGAUUUGUACAAUUUCUCCAUCAGUCACAUUUUUCCAGCAGACUUAUGCUACUCUAAAUACUCCAAGCUACGGCAGCAAUUCAAUUAUGAGAAAGUACAUUGGAAUCGCAUCAUCAUUCAUAGGCACGGAUUCGAAAAAUAAUUCAGAAUCAAAGAAAAACACAUUAACAAGUCAGAAAAUUAACCUUAUUAGACCUUCGAAUAAAAUAAUUAGUGGAAAGAAUUCGCAUUUAAAUGCUACUAAUCGUGCACUUGAAGCUAAAAACGAAAAAAAAUCAACAGAGAGAAUGGAUAACGAAUCUUCAUGCCAAAAAAAUUCAUACAAAAAUAUUGAAAGUCGCGUAGCACAAAUGAUAAAAGGGAAGAUACCACUAAACAUUGCCAAGCCUAAAAAAUCAAAAGUCAUUGACUUUGGAGAAAUUCCCAAAGGCUCAGCUUCAAGCAUUAACAAUUGUGUAAAUAAAGCAAAGAAACCAAAUCCAGUGAGUAGAAUCGAAAUUAAGCACAAAAACACUAAAGGAUCCGAAGAAACAUUUAACCCAGGCGAACCAAAGUUAAAUCAAAUUGAUUGCAAUUCUGGCAGAUGCACAAAUGGAAAAGUGGCAGGAAACGGAGUUGUUGAAAAGGAUGAAUUUUCGAAAAAUGACUUGACAUUUCUAGGUAACUCGAAAAGUUGCCAAUAUUGCUCAACUAAUGCCGAGUACUGGCAACCUAUCUAUACUCCUGAGAAUGAAUCGACUCACUCAAACAUCAAUAUAUUAAAUUCUAAAUGUGAUAACAUCGACGUGAAAUUGAAUCAAAAUAAUUCAAGUUUGUUUAUUAAAGAUGAAAACUUGCCAGAAAUAAAGAAAAUUAACAGGCCCGUGACAAGAUCGCAAACUAAGAAAGUUUCAUAA